AGAUCCUUUCACUUGGAUGUGAUUCAAUUCUUGUUCUGAAAUGGCUGGCUGGGACCGACAGUAAGAUAAUCAGUUUUAUUUUUUCUAUGUUUAUUAUAAUUCAGAACACUCUUUGUUCAUGACAGGGAGCUGCAUGUAUAUAUCUGGAGUGAGAACUCAAGUUUAAAAAGUGAAGCCAAAGAUGCAUGGAGCUAUUGGACGGCAGUUACUGUUAGCCUUUUCUAUUGUUUUUUCUCUGCGCGGUCUUCAAGGAAUGUACCAACAUUUCGUAUUUUGACAUCGAUUUAAAGAAUAAUACUUUGAUUUUGUGAACUGAUAACUUUGAAUUAAAAACUCGAAUUAACUGGGGAAAAUGGUAUUAAAACUGUUUACGACUUUCAUAGCUAAAUUGGUCGUGAAUUCCGCCACCUUUGACUUCACUUUUCUCAUGGACUGAAUGACUGAAGUCCUUGCUCCAGGUACUUUAUACAUGUAUAUAGAGCUGGAGGGUUUUUAGAUGGAAAUUAAUGAGUGGAAAUUCUAUAUACAUUUAUUAAACCUAACCAGGAAGAGCUGCAAAAAAAUGCAAUUAUAGGUCUCUAGAAGAUAGGAACGGCUAGCCGCGAUCCCGGAACGGCGCUCUAACCAACUGAGCUACAGAGUCCAGUUGUCGAGCUCUAACCAGAAGUUCAUGUAUAUAUACUCGGAGGGUGGCCAAAAGGGGCACUUGUGUAUAUGACCAAAAUCAAACGAUUUUAUGUCGUUCACGAGCCGAACGAAAUUUUUUAAAAAUAUGACUUCGGAAAUGGCCUUUAUAGAGUCUUUACUACUGCAAAAAGGGCACUUUCUUACCAGCAAAAGAGGGCGUUCAUUCAAGAAAUACUUUUUUCGUUCUUUAAAUGGGGCCUUUCAAUAGCCCAGUGUAGUGAAUGAAUUUAUUAUACUUGCAUACAUGAUCGAAUAUUGUAAUUAGUACAUGUGUAUUUAGGUAAGAGUUUUGUGUAGUAUUUAAAACGGGAGAAGGAGUGUUUUAUCAUAUUUAAAACGCGAGACGCAGCCGGGCGUUUUAGAUAUGAUAAAACGCGAGUUCGAGUGUUUUGAAUAGCUUAAAAUACGACUCCAAAAGAAUACUAAUUAUGAUGAACACUUAUAUAAAGAAUACUAAUGAAGAUGAGUUUAUCAGGUAUAAAGUCAUUCCACGUGACAUAUUAUGGCUGACAUGACUUGCCACAAGGUUUAUGGAUUUUUAAUUAUAUUUUAAGUGGUAUUUAAAAUAAAGAAGUGUUUUAUCAUACGAGAAGAAGUGGUUUAUCAUAUUUAAAACGCGAGGCGAAGCCGAGCGUUUUAGAUAUGAUAAAACACGAGUUCGAGUGUUUUGAAUAGCUUAAAAUACGACUACAAAAAAAUACUAAUUUGGAUGAACAAUUAUAUAAUCAUACUAAUUAGAAUGAACAAUCAUGUAAAGAAUUUACUAUAAUGAAGAUGAGGUUUAUAUAAAACUUUUAUCAGAUAUGAACUCACUCCACGUGACAUAUUAUGGCUGACAUGAUUUGCCACAAGAAUAAUUAUGAAUUAUUAAUGAGUAUUUUAAGUACUAGUUAAAAUAUAAGCAGCUGAUCUUUAUGGGCAUUUACUGCGCGCUCGCCAUUGUUAAGUACUAUUUAAUACACGCGUAUGAGUGUUUUAUCACAUAUAAAACACGACGGUAGCGGAGUGUUUUAUAUGUGAUAAAACACGACUACAAGUGCUUUAAAUGGCUUCAAAAACGACUCAUCUUAUACGAGUUCAUUGGCGAAGUAAUUUUUGAAAUAAACUUUGUCUAAACCGAGAAAAUCAAAGCUAAAGUUUAUGUAAAUUAACAUGAUUUUUUAUCACAUAUAAAACCACGACACGCUUAUGAUUUUUCUUUGUGUUUUCCUCCUGAAUUAUUAAUGCGUUUUUGAAAUGUCCAUAAAGAUCAGUUGCGAAUAUUUUAACGUACUUGUAAAAUGAAUUUAUUUGUUUACUUUAUCAGUAUUCUCUGCCCAUUGGGACAAUCUCACGCUUCAUUAGCAUGCUAUUAAAAGUUAAAUUAGUAUUGUUAACUGUCAGAAACAUCCAUGCUUCUCAAUUAGUAUUGUUAACUUUCAUAAACAUCUCUCUAACAGACUUUCUGGUCUUUAAUGCGGUGUACAAGUGUGCACAUGUGACCUAAAUACCGCAUCGUGAUUUGUUUGUGACCAUAAUUUAUUAAUUUUACAAAUAAUUUGAAUAUAUAUGCCUUCGACAGUUGAACAAGACGGGUAUGUCUAUUAUUAUAACUUAAGCCGGUUUUCCACUUCAAGCGUACCGUACCGAAACGUAUCAAAAACGUUUUUAAAUGUCAAAAUUUCGUGAAUAUUGAUUGGUUAGUAGUACGCCAAAAAGUUGACUUGCGACGAACUUUUUAUUUUGAUACGCGAAUACACCAACACCGCGGAAAAACGUCUGCUAUGCGUGGGCAUAAAAAAGAUGGCGAGGAAUUUAAAUGCCAAAUUGUAAACAAAAACAUGGCUAUUUAGUGAUUAUAUAGACGGGUAGUUUAGACAUGAAUAAAACGAGAUUAUCUAUAGUGCGAGCUGCGAGUUGCGAGUUGCGAGUUGCGAGCUGCGAGUUGCGAGUUGCGAGUUGCGAGUUACGAGUAUAUUGUUAAUUUCUAAUAACAUCGGGUUUAAUUUUAACCCAGGGUUAACACUAACCUAGCUUUGAAGCACCGAACCAGGUGUUUACACCUGUGGUUUACACUAAAAAUUCAAAUUGAAAACUGUGUGGCAUCCUGGCGGAUGUGAUUUUAGCUUUGUCUCAAUUUGGCGCCAAUUUUCAGCUUUUGAAAUAAACAUUCAUUGCAUUUAUUUUUAUACUUACAAACUUGUAAAUAGCAAUCGUUUUGAUAUACUGAUGGUUUUUUCCCGUGUUUAGAUAAAGUUUAUGUAUGUAUAUGUAUGUCUAUGUAUGUCUAUGUAUAAAUUGUAUAAAAUAAAUUGUACUUCCGAUGAAAAGGACUUGAGUUUUAUAGGGUUCCCAGCGUUCAGUAUAUAUAAACAAACUGAGUCGGUGUCUGGUCAUACUUACUAAUAAAAUUAAAUAACCAUUUUAAGAUUAGAAAGCACAAAAUGGUCUGGAUAACUACUAGAUUUUAUUAAACACAGAAACGGCAAAUAUAAACUUGCACUUUUAUUUUCAAGAUAAUUAUUUUAAUUCUUGAACAUACGUAUCGAUGGAUCUAACAAAGUAAAAAAACAAGUAAAGGCCGAUUUUUAUCUCGUCCGUAUCGCAGCAUUUUCUUUUGUGUCGAAGUCUUAGUUACAGGGACCUUAACUUCGAAGGUCAUUAUAUUUAUGAAACAAAAAACCCUUCGACUUUGCCUUCCAUGUCGUCCAUAUUAAUAUACUUUCAAAGCCUAAUUCAAAGCGAGGCUAGCGACUCGCAACUCGCAACUCGCAGCUCGCAACUCGCAACUCGCAGCUCGCAACUCGCAACUCGCAGCUCGCAACUCGCAACUCGCAGCUCGCAACUCGCAACUCGCAGCUCGCAAAAUAGCCGACCCCGAAUAAAACGUUUUUUAACAUUUAAAAUCUAAAAAGAAACAGAAUUUAAAUUAAAAAUUACCGUUUAAGACCGCGAGGCGCGUGAACAUUUCUUUAAAAAUUAUCGAAUACCGAACUUAAAGCAGGAAAGUUAAGAAAACAAUAGAAUAGUUGAGCAUUUGCGCACGAUUAAGUUGUAGCGUAAAUCAUUAUCCUUAAAUAUAGUCAGCGCAAAAAUUAUACAUGCUACGCAAAAAAUGUUAUGACAAAAAUGUGGAUCAUAUGAACCUACGAAAAAGAUCUUUUUAUGGUUCAGUUUUAUAUAACUAGAAAAUACAUGCAUGCAGAAACCCUCGCCAUGCUGAAAAAAUCAUUGUAUUUCCCGAACAUGAAGCAGAAGCUUAAGUAUCUAAAGUAGUUGUCAUGGUAACACGAUAAUUUUUUAAGAAUAUUCUUACAAAUGAAAAAUCGCCUAAAAAUAUCACUUUUAAUUACAAAGUUAUCAAUUUCCCAACAUAUAUAUGUUAGGUACGUUAUUAUACGUAAUAUAAGCCUCAAUUUAAAGUAAAAUUCAACUACAAACGCUUCGCAAAACGUUUUAAAAAUAAAGUGGUCUUUAUAAAACUAAACUGCUUUUAAUUAAAUGGUUUUAUCGAUAAACUUUGAGUUUGCAAUAAAAUGAUUUCAAAUUAACUUUGCUUUCUUUUUUAUUUAAAAAAUUUAAUAUAAUAAAAAAGGGAAUCAAUAUUAAAGAUACACUGAAGUUAUAUGCUGUCUUGUUUAGUUGUUUCAUAUACGCAAAGGCCGUCGGGUUUUAAAGGCAUUAUGAAAUCAAUAUUUAAAACAAAUUUGCCUUCGUUAAUGUUGGCUCCUUUCUUUUAGCUGAUUCUUUCAUCCUUUCUUUCUGAGAAAGUUUUUGAAAUUUACAAAAUCUUGCAAAAAUGCAGGCAAAAAUUAAAUAUAUUUGCAAGAAAUUGAUCAAUCAUCAAAUCAAGAAAUGUUUGCUAUUUCGCUGUCGUAAUGCAGUCGUUAUAAUGCAAACUUUAAAUUGGACCAAUCAGUGUUCGCUAUUCAUGACAGUCCGCCAUAUUUUUGAGAUCAGUGAGGAUGACCACCGAUCGUUGGUCACCCACGCCCGCGAUAAUUGAUGAACUUUAGACUUCGCUAAUGCUUUCGUUCCCCCAGGUGUAAAUAGCCGGGGGGAAUUAGUACCCCCGUCGGCUCGGGGAUAAAUUUAUCGACAGUCACCUUUGGUUUAUUUUCUUGCAUAAUACUACCUCUUGCAUAUGUAAACUAUAAUUAUUUCGACUAGUUUUAGGUUGUCACUUUCAUUAUUCCGCUUGCAUUUUCAUAGAAAAGGCAAAACAUCGAAGUCACUUCCAUUUUGAGUUUUUGACAACAUUCAGAAUACUUGACAUCACGUUCGCAAUACAGAUUUUAGUACUGUUGACGCAUGCGCAGACGUUUAUCCGCGGUGUUGAAUACACCCGGAAGUACGUGGAUUUAUAAACCUCUUUUCAAUCUGCGCAUGCUCACCAGUACGUUUCGCUACGAUACGGGCGAAGUGGAAAUCCCAGUGCAUUUUUUAAGGAUUCUUCAGUGGUGGAGCAAAACUGCCAAAGGGACCAUUUUCUCCUUGCCCUCCCCCGAGGGUAGUAUGUAAUCGCCGAAAGUGUGAGGCGAGUACCGCAGGCACCAGUUAGUUAUGGGGCAGACGCCCCCCAGGAAAUUUUUAAAAUUUGGGUCUCAGAAAUAGCAUUUCCUACAUUCUGCGAACACAUUUUAAAAAAAUCUCAGCUUUUCAAAACAAAGUUCUAAUGGUGAAAUUUGUAAUAAAUUGCAUGCUAAACAUUCAAACACAACAUAAGUUUAAGUAUAAUCACCAACAAAUUUUGUUUUUUAAACUUCUUUUCAAUGUUAAACUCAUUUACUCAAUACAGAUAUAGGGCCCUGGCUUUGGGGCAAUAGGCCAUUUUUUUUCUUCAGUGGUGAGGCAGAGGAAUGGGCCCAGCGGGGCAAAUGCCCCACCAGUCCAUGGUAUUAAAAAAUGUCUUGGGAAAACCGGCUUUAGAUUAAUAUAAGAUUAAACGGUCACUACAGAUAGCGACGAGGAUGAACUGAUUAAGAACUGAACAUUUAAUUAACAUUCGUAACAUGUCUAAAGGAGCGAAAGCGGGAAAUUUUAGCGAUAUUGACGAUAUUAGUAAUACGACAACAACAGUGAUUGCGAAUCGGCAAUUAAAUGUGAAACCGUUUAUAACUUCGAGCAACGUGAACGAAACAGCAGUGCGUUCGGCGAAGUGGAAGAAAGAUAUCGAGAGGCAAUUUCGAUUCUUUGGUUUAGCAGACCCAAGUUUUAAGAGGGAUGGCUUAAUUAUCUACGGCGGCCAAUGCAUUGCAGACUUAUGGCGGUUUUCCACUAAGGCCUGUUUUAUACGUCGAAUUUCGGUCGCGUCGAAUGCAAUUCAAACAACAGAUAAUGAAGCUUAAUGAGGUUUAUCAUCUCAUUAUCUAUUGUCUUAAUUGCAUUCGACGCGACCAAAAAUCGACGUAUAAAACAGGCUUAAGCCAACUUUUUCGAUCGAACCGAAAUUCCUAUUGUUCAAAUUCAAGAGAUUUGUGAGUGUUUAGUUCCAUCUGAGAGCUUGUAAGACAAAAGGAAAUUUCGAUUCGAUCGAAAAAUUUCCCCUAGUGGAAAACCGCCUUUAGAAGAUUCUUCACUCGACUAAACACCCGAUGGAGAUGAAGAUACUUAUGCUCAGCCAAUUCGAAAGCUUGAUAAUCAUUUCUUUAUACCAAGAAAGAAUAAGGACUAUGCUAGAUUUAAAUUUGGAAAUCUAUCGCAACAAACAUAUGAAAAUAUGGCUCAAUACUAUACAAGAAUUUGUGAGACGGCGAAAAAAUGUGAAUUCGCUAACGAAGACAAACAACAGACUUCGAGCUAAAAGUAAUUCGCAACAAUUAGAAAUAAGGAAAACCAAUUGUUUAGCAAUAUUCAAAGAACUGGAAAAAGGAGGAUUGUAGUAAAUGAAUAUAUUAUAGUUGCAUUCAUGAUCGAAUAGUAUGAUUAGUACAUGUGUAUUUAGGUAGGGUUUUGUAUAAUUUGAAUAUAUGCCUUCGACAAUUGAACAAGACGGGUACGUCUAUUAUUAUAACUUAGAUUAAUAUAAGAUUAACCGUUCACUACACCCAGAAAAAAGGGCACUUUUUCACUUUUAAAAAAGUGGUCGGGCACAUGCCCCACCCCGGUUCCACGGCCCCUGUAUAUACUAGGGUACUGCCGUGUUACGUGAUGGGUAAAUAUCAAGAGCGCUGCACCGGAAUCGCAGAGCCGCAGGUUCGAUUCAUGCCAGAGACCUAUAGACCCCUUACACAUGACGUCAUAGCGCCGGUGACGAUGCAUCUGGAGGACAAAUUAGCAAUCUAUGGAUAAUAUAACUUUUGUAAACAAAGCAAAUUUUGUAAAACUUUAUAAUAAUUUUGUAUUAAAAUGGUUAAUUUUUGCGAUAUAUGUGGUUGUUGUACCCAAACAGAUAUUGUUAGGGAGCAUCUGGAAGAAACUCUAAGGAUUUGUGACGUCAGUGCAAUGGGUCUGUAGUUGUAUUUUUCACAGCUGUUCCUGGUUAGGUCUAAUAAAUGUGUAUAGAAUUCCACUCGAUAAUUUUCAUCUACAAAACCCUUCAACUUGUAUUGUUAUAUAGUUAGUGUCAAAGUUCAAUUUUUCUGUUUGCCGAUUGGUCAAAACCAUAUCACGUGCCGGCCCACAAAACGUUAUGUUCACUGCGUGCUUUGUCAAGGAGGCAACCGGUCUACAAUGAAACAUUUAUUGACCGGUUAAUAAUAAAAUGGGUGCAAUACGCAUGCGUGCCAACCAUGAAGUUCCAAAGUUCAUUUUCUAAACUUUUUAUUAAACGUUUCAAAAUAUAGGAUCGGCGUUCCAUUUAUCCAGUUUUGGUUUUAAAUUAAGUUCACUCCAAUAACCGGUGAAUUAUUCAUACAUUGACACUUAUAUACUAUAUAACAAAACACUUAUUUACUGAGAUCUCGGGAAAGCAGUGUGUUUUGUGGCUCCUCGACCGCCGACACAAAACACACUGUUUUCCUCGGUCUCAGUAAAUAAGUGAUAAUUAUUCAAUCGAGUGAGAUGCCAACAAAAUCUUGAUAUAUAUAGAACUCACUGCUUUCUGACACUACACAUAAGUGAACAUUUUUCAAUUCUUGGAGAAUCUUUUGCCUUUUCAUUACAUUGAUGUUGGUAAGGUUGUCAUUCAAGGCUUUAUUUAAAUUACUUGUUCGACAGAACGUUAAACGUUGCUGCUAUAAGGACCUUAUAUUCUUAUCAUUAUAUAAUUUCGUAGUACCUAAAGUUGGUAUCAUGAAUCCAGCCAUCAUUAUUAAACUGGUCGAUACCGAAUUCGAGUUUGAAACUGUUAUUAUUGCUAUUGAUGUAGUUCUUAUUUUCCAGACUUUCUAUACUAUUGUUAUUUCUAAUUGUCCAUUCCUCGUUUAUGCGUUUAGUCUUUCCCAGUGACCGAGAAAUCACUUGGAAAAUGUAAACAUUUAUAGUAUUUGCUAAUUUAUUUUAACAAGGAAUGUUCUAAACCGAUUGACAAUGGUUUGCCGUGUACUGGUAUAUAUUUACCAUUCAACUUGUCUUCGUUUCAGUCAUAACUAUCUUCAAGAAAACAUCGACUUUUCGAGCAUAUAGGCCCAUCGUCUGGCGUUCUCCUUGUCUCUUUCAGGUACGACCAACCGUAGACCAUAUAUUUUAUACCAAGUAACAAUUUUUAUUUCAGGAUGAAAAUGCCCGCGAUCAGGACUGAAAUAGAACAGCUGCAGUCUGUCCUUACUGAAUGUGAAGACCUCGUGAGAGAAGAUAAUUUCCCGAAUUUGAAAAGGCAGCUUACAUUGUUCAUGGAAAUGGUGCAGAAGCACACGGCUUCUGCAGGUAUAUUAGCGGAUAAUGAAGAUUACGAUGCUUUGUUGAAAGGGCUGAAGGAAGCCUCGGUUUCAUGCUCCGAAUGGCUUGACGAGAAAAAGUUGGAAAUGAAACCUCUGCAAGCGGUCUUCAAAUUGCUCAAGGACACCCCGUUUGUCAGCAGCGAAGAAUUAAAUUCCUUACUACCAUGUGAUCAAGCCACAAAGCGUCUAGUAUGCUUGGCUUUUACACUAUCUUCGGAUGAAGAUGCUCAAUUUUCGAAUAUGCAAGAAUUCCUAAAGAAACGUGAAAUGCAGAAAUUUGAAGAAACUGCUUCGCCUCUGGAUGUUACUUUCACAAUCCCUAAGGAUGGUAACCAACGUAAUGAAGGUGUGAAGUUUGUAGCCACAGAGGAACCUCUCAGUUGCGUGGGCUAUAGGUAAGUUUUCAUGAAGUAAAUUAGUAUAUUAGGCCUACAAAACAAUGAUAUUAUCCACUCAAACCAGGAACCAAAUCAUCUGACCACGGCAAGAACAAGCCCGGUAAAUGUUAUAAUUGAUUAAUUCAUUCUAAUGUUAAUUGAUUAAUUAAUUCUAUCAAUAGAAAACCGUAUAAACUCACUUGUCCUUACCGAAUGGCUGAUAGAUAGAUGUUUGAUAUAUUAAUCGUACUCCUGUCAUUCUAUUUUUGAAUUGUAUUUUUGAAUUAUAUUUCGCCAUUCUGUUUUGUUUGGAAUUUCGUUACGAAUUUCGAUAACUUUAUGGAAAAUGUCAAAAUAUGACCAGCUGGUGUGUGGCUGUAGUUCCCAAAGUCCCAACCAUCUUCGCAAUUGACGCGGCCAAAGUCUCAUUUUGUUUUUAGUAUUUAAAAGUAGAUUCUUCUUCCAGUGAAAAGCCUGGCGUGUGUGUACGGUACUACUAUGAAGGGGAAUUUAAAUCUCAGGACGUUUCUAGGGAUUCUGUAGAGCCUACUUGGGAUUAUUCAGCGCCCCAACAGGAUGGUAAAGAAGAUAAAGUUCAAUCUAAAACAGAUCAUGAUGAACGGCGGAUGUCAUCGGCGGAGUGUAAGGUGACGAUUCAAAAACUUAAACCUGCCAUGCAUGAAAUACACUUUUAGAGUUCAUUCACCCGAUCAAAUUUGCCUGGACGAAAUUGUAGAGGUAGACACCAUUACCAGGUCUACAUCAUUUUCCAGUAAAUUUAUCGUUGGCCCAGUUAUUCUUGCAGUUGUGAUUGCGGUAGGCUUUGGACUUUUCAAAACGUAAUUAACACUGAGAAAUAAUAAUUUCAAGACUGGGAUUAUCCCAUGUAUUUUUGAGGUACCAGGGAUAGCUCUGUCACUGAUGCUAAAUCCUGCAUAUAAAACUGUCAUUUCAUAUUAUUUUAGUUUGUAAAAUUGAGUUAGAGAGUACGGCCGGUGAGUUUUAAGUAAAAUGGUUUCAAAUUAUCCAAUUCUCGCAUGAAAAUAACCUUAAUCUCCUCUUUAUUAAAGAAUGCAGAAUAACAAAACUUGCCUAAGGUGGUUUCCCGAUUUUCUGCAAUCUAUUGUUCCUGAUCUUUUGUUAUGAAGCAAUAACAAAUACACUGUUUGACUGCUCGUCUCAUUAACGACAUUUCGGGUUUCAGAAUAAUGUUUUUCCCAGUGGCGUAGCCACCCAUAACAGUAGGUCAUGCUAUGCAAAUUUGAAUUGUAUACGAGAUCUUUCCACAUUAAAUAGUAAACCUUCUGUGUAUUUCUAGGGAGCAAACGUUGUGGCUUUGCAAAGUUAUAGAGCACAAGAAAGUAAAGGUUUCAAUUUUGAAAAGGUUUGUGCUAUAAAUUCAUUACACUGUCUAUGUCAACCUCGUACCCAGGCUCUUUCCACUACGCGCCUCGCUGGAGGAAAGACCCUGGUUCAGACUGGUCAUUUUGGGAGAGAACAACUGGCACUUAUGGGGUGGGGAAGGCAAAUGUGGCGUUCGAGUUCAAAACAAUACAAGGAGUCAGUGUGAAUAAAGCAACACAAAGGACUAUACCAUGAAACGAAGUUUUUAUUCAAAACGAAACUCUACGUAAAAUGUUUUAAAUGUGAAUUGAAAAUAACUGCUUUUUGCCGAUAUGUAUACUCUUCAACUCGAGCUUCAACUUAUUACUCGCACUUUGAAAUGAAAUAAAGUUAAUUCGUACAGGAUGCUAAUGAAAAUAAUUUGCUUUCCUUUUUAUCAUGAACUUUUACAAAAGUUAAUUUAACUAAGAAACUUUCGCAAACAAUACAUAGCCAUAGGAAACACUUGAACAUCAAGAACAAAGUCUAUAUUAAUACAAAGUCAUACAUAAACAAUUGAAACAAACUUCCCCUGUACUUUAGGAUUUCUCAUACUAAAUCAAUUCUUAUAAAUGUUUACGUUUAAUAAUUGUAAAAAAAAAUUUACAAUUUGUUAUUUGAAACGAUUUUCCAAGCUUUCUUACUUGUAUUUUUUAUAUUUUUUGCCUUCUUCACUCCUGGCAAACAGCCAUGUUUUGAGAUCAGUGAGAUAACCACCCACCCAAAACGCACAGUGACCCACGCCCGCGAUCAUUGAUGAACUUUAGACUUCGCUAAUGCUUUCGUUUUCCCGGGUGUAAACAUUCUCGUACCCAGAGCCCUUCUUACGCGCGUUCGACCGAGCACGACGAGGGGCUCUGGCCAAAUCCAUAUCAAACUGGCUUCUGAUUGGUCACAACGAAAUAUAUGGUUUAUUAUAGUAAAUAUGAAUAAAAAUACACAAGCGCUCCACGAAGCGUUGGUUUCCCUUUGAAAAUUGGGAGAAAAGACAUUAUUAAAGUUGAAAGAACAGCAGUACGAAGCAGUUAGGAAGAUUGUUGUUGAUAAUCGCCCACAAAAGCAGUAGAUGUCGCUAAUUUUAUUUAUUUAACUGAUCAAUUAGUUGAUUGAAAUUAAUAGAUUGAGACGUGAUGUUCUCGUAGCAAAAAGUCAGCAUAUUUAUGGGAGAUGCUCGUCGUAUUUCCAAAUCAGUGAUGUUAAUCAAACAAAUCUGUGUUACAUGUUCAAUGCUGAAGUGCCAUCUGAAGAGAAAAUAUUAAAGCCAGCCAGAAUAUGAAGUUAAUUGUGAUGACUAUUUUCUUCCUAGAAACCGAUUUUUUACAAUUUUCAAAUGAUUUGCAGUAUAGUAUGUCUUAUGUAUGACUGUUGACUUUUAAUAAAACACAAAAAAAGUCUAAAAAUCUGUACAACAGCGACUUAAAAUCGAAUAUAAAAUAGUGAGACAAUCUCUCGUCUUCGUAUCCGUAGCCAUUACUGCUUUGGCAACGUUUAAGAGGGAAAUAUAUACUAAAUUUUUAUCAACAUGCAUUGAGAACAUCACGUCUUACCUACUAAUUGAUUUAAAUAAAUAAAAUUAGCGAAACCUACCGCUUUUGUGGGGUUUUCCUGGAGAAAAACUUUCAAAACGAAACAAACAAGAAAGCCGAAGUGUUUAUCCGCGUUUGACGUUGAGCAUGCGCAGUGUUUAACCGGAUACCAUGUUUUUAUGGUAUCCGGUUAUGGAUUUGGCCAGAGCCCCUCGUCGUGCUCCGUUGACCGCGCGUAAGAAGGGCUCUGGGUACGAGAAUGGGGUGUAAAUAGCCGGGCGGAAUUAGUACCCUCGCCCCGGGCUUACGCCCGGAACGGCGGUUUGCGCCGUUGGCUCGGGGAAAACGUAAAUAGACGAUAGAUGUUCUUCUCGAAGCUCGCUCAGCGACACAGUUUCGGGUUUAGUUCUACAUAUCAACAAGAAAAGGCAGAAUCCUCAGAAAUUGCUGUUGAGUGUUGUAUUCGGCAGAACAUUUGUUUAACCAGAAUCAUGAUUGGAUAUUAAUUGAUAUUUGUGAGCGAUUAUUAAAUAACCGCUGUUCUUGUAAAGUUAUACUGCGAGCGGUCCCUCCUUUCCGCGUAAAGUACUGUGUGGUCGAUUUUCCAAUUUUGUUAAACUGAACAUGUUCAAUGAAGAAUAAAUAAGUACAUUAAUAUACAGAGUAUUUAGCUCGAUAUUCUCUCUAAUAAAUCCUAUAUUUUGGGUAUUUAUAGGAGCGUAUUUAUUUGCAAUCGAUUGUUUCCCCAGUGAAAUAUGAUCAAUGUUUACAUAAAAUUGUAUACUGUGCUCUUGCUUUAACUGGGUGAUAGCUUUGUAUUCUGUUUUAGAAUUUCUUUUAAAACUUUUAGCAUGUCACGACAGAUAACUAAAGGUAUACAAGUAAGGCCCAAUAUAUUUCUAAUGUUUGUAACUUAAUACGCGCAGUCAAAUUUAAAUUAACGGAAUUUAUCUGACAAACACAUUUUAAUAUUAUGAGGAGUCAAACGGCUGAGUCAAAUUUGCAGAAAAUACUUCUUCGCUUCAUAUUUUCUUUCUUAUAUGAAAAGAAUCAUUAUACAUACAGUUUUAAAACAGCAAGUUUAUUCACUCUCUAUUGCCUUAUAUAGCUUAUUUAUUCCUUUGCCCGCCGUUUGUCUUUUAACGUAUGAACGCCAGGCUGAGACUCUCUAUUAAAAACAUGUGUGCAUGAAGAAUUAAAGUACACACGAGGAAAUAGACAUAUACUAUCGAUACUCAUGUGCACACUAUAUAAUAUAUUUUCUUACUGUUAUUGCUAUAUGCAUGUGUCGUGUUAUCGAGCCGUUCCACUUAUGAUUAAAAUUUACGGCAAUUUACAAUAGACUCGCUGUUGGCUGUAUAUUACAAAUCCUUUCCUAGUACUUCUUUACAGUUUUCCCAAUAUGAAACUGAAAUACUCCAGUAUGUAGAUCUUGCGUAGCGACGUCGCAAAUGCAAUCCACAAACAAUACAUAUACAAGGACAUCUCACCCAUUGAUUUUGCAACACAAGCUGGUGCUAUUCGUUAAAAUUACAUGCGUUUGUUAAAAUGCACACAAGAAGUCAGGCAGAUAGAGGAUCAAAAUUAUGGAAAACUUACCAUAUCGUGGGACAAUUCCAUUUUGCCUUCAUAUUGUGCCCUGAAGGCUAGUAAGUACGUUUCUGUAUGUUGGCCGCGUUAAAAUUUCUUGUGGGCUUCUGCCGACACGUUUUUCUUCGAAUUUUGUAUUAAACUCUAUUACAGUUCAAAAAUGUGAAAUUUCUGAUACAUUUCUAAUACAAAUGACUUGCAUCAAUAGAAAGCUAACAAAAAAGUACAUAUAAGACAUUUAAAUGGUUAGUGGGGAUUUUCAAGCGGUUUUUGAGUUAUUGCCGUUCCAAAUGUGAAAAAUAAGCCAAAAUCUCGCAAAAUUCUUCGGUACUAGUCUGAAAACACGCAUUCAACAGCUCAUAACUCAAGAAGAACUUGAAAAAAACGGUUGACUGUUUAAAUGUCUUAUAUGUAGUUUUUUGCAAGCUUUCAAAUGAUGUAAGUCAUUUGUGUUAGAAAUGUAUUUGAUAUUUCACAUUUUCAAGAACUUUUGACGCGGCCAACAUACAGAAACGUACUUACUAGCCUUCAGGGCACAAUAUGAAGGCAAAAUGGAAUUGUCCCACGAUAUAGUAAGUUUUUUCCUUCUAUCUGCCCGACUAUCUGAACUUUAUCGAAUUGAUAUCUGCUACUAUAGAUCGGUAAACAAACUUCGCCCCCCACCCUUACGUAAAAUUUUGUUAUCUCCCAAAAUCUGGGAGACACUUGACCAGCCUGGACAAGUGUCUUUCCUCCAGCGAGGCGAGUAGUCGAAAGAGCCUGGGUACGAGGUUGUGUCUAUAUAUGUUUGUAUUGUAUUAAAUUUGUAUAGUGUAUUUAAAGUAUGAUAUAGCAUGUGAAAGAAGCAAUAAUCUUCAUAUUAUAUUGAUAAAUUAUGUUCGGUAUUUGCACUGCAUGAUGAUUUUUUAUACUUGUGAAUAGACAGCUUUAGCAAAGGUAACGCGACGUCAAUCAGGACGUGAAAAUUACGUCAUACACCUCGCGUUUACUUCCGGUUUGAAUUGCGACUUCGUGUUUAUCUUUUUCGAAGCAAAUUUCUUGGGGUUUUUUCGCUGCUUGCAUAUUUCUUUAUCCUUUUCAAUUGUUUGUCAAAGUAGGUGCAAGAAAAUGCUUUAAUAUGGUGGCCGAAUGUUUUCUGAAGAUUUUCUAUGAACAUUCAACGAUGAAGUUCUUUUUGAAAAAAACUAGUAUAUUUUGUUGUUUCCCAACAAGUGAAUUUUAUCGCAUCAUUCAGACGCAAAAGCUUAAGGUAUUACUUACGAGUUCAAUACUUAGGUAUAGCUUGCGUAGCAGUCGCUUUAUUUUAUUGAAGGUUUUGAGGAUCAUUUAUUCAAAACUCCUCAAAACUUUCAAUAAUUUUUUUCUACAUUUUAAAUUCUUGUUAUUCUAAUUGAGAUGUUGUGUUUUAAAAUGCGUCUUUUGGUCAGAAAUAAAAGCAGUAUUGAAGAGGAGGUUAAUUAAUAAUGCUUGCAAUCAACGCGUCCAAAACGCAGUGGAAUAUAUGAGCACAAACUUGUCAAUCAAAGUUAAUGUUAAUCCGAAACGUUAUGAGAUUAUUUUACUUCUAGGUGGAAUUAAGAAAGUCCAUCAAACAUCGGGAGAAAAUUCAGAAUUUGGAAGAGUUGGAGGAGGAACAUUUGACAAAGGUAAAAAAUUUGAAUCGAAAAGAAAACCAAUUUUAGUUGAUACAAAGUGAUUAGCUUGUUCUGAUUAUUAGGCG